AUGAUUCGGCUCGCCACCGUGACUGCUCUAACAUGCCAGGUUAUCUUGGAGGUAAGCAGCUACAAAGUUGCCAUGGAGCCCCACGAGCUAUGCUAUGAUCAGAGCCCAGACUGUGAAAAGCUGAAAGCAUUGUGGGGUUGUGCUGGCACUUGGCGCGAGAAGUGCCCGGGGAUGAAGCCUCCCGAGGGUGAGGCCGCGGAGGACUCCCUGGACGUCACCGUGGCGACCAUCUGCCCGGUUGACUGCCCGGACGGCAGCGGCGAGGCCGCAGUGGAUCUGGCGGUCCAGGAGGAGAUGGCCAAGGCCAACGGGACGAAGCAGAUUGACGAGGGCGAAGUCGCAAAGGUGAACAAGACCCUCCAGUGCCUAGGGGAGAGGAUGAAAGCAGCCCUUGACAUGAAGGACCUCAGGGAGGCCAGGGAGCUCCUGGCUGUGAUCCAAGGUGAGACCGCUGAGAAGAUCAGGCCAAUCAAGGACAAUCAGACUGCCACGGCCGUGGACAUGAAAGCCCGUGAUGCAGCGGAGGACCUGGUGCAGCAGGAGUUCGCGAACGAUGCAAAAGCACUCCAGAAGAUCAAGCUGACACCGCAGGCUGUGGAGAACUUUGCCAAAGAGGUAGAAGCCUUGGCCACGAUGUGCAAUGAUGCCGCCGAGGCCUCUGCAAUUGGCAAGAUGGAAGAAGCUGCAUUAAUGAGGAUCAGCGAGCAUGGCAAGCCGAAGAGCGUGGAGGCCGCGGCCACAGCUGAGGGCAUUGCCGAAUCGGUCAGGGAGAAAUGCCACGCGAGGACCUUAAACUUGGACUUCUUUGUGGAGCAUUCUUCGAUGAUGGCAGGGGCCCACUGCGGCAGUGUUUUCUUGCAAGAGCAUCACAUGAAGCAGGCGGCUGUGCACUUGAAGGAGCUGAACUUCAGGGCCAAGGCUGCCAUGGCUCUGCACGAUGACUCCAACCGACUGGGGCACCACAUGGUCCGGCACCUCCAGCGGCACACCGAGCAUUCAGGCGAGGACGAGCAUCGCCCCUCCAUGUUCCUGAACGAGACGCUGUUGCGACUGGUGCACGAAGCAGCUAAGGCGCCGCUCACUGACCACCAGCUCGAGCGACUGCACCAUCUGGACAGCCUUCACUUCGCGGAGCUCCACCAGGACCGGGACCGGGAUGAGCACUGCAUGGAAAGGGAGGAUAUGGCGAAGCACCAGCCGGAUCAUUGGUCCCUGCACCACAAGGACAUCAACGCAUACAUGGAUCGCCUUUGUGUCCAGAAGAGGCCGUCCCUGGUAUGCGAGGCCAUCCACUACGAGAACAUGACUGAGGUGGCAGAAUGGGCCGUUCAGAUGAUGCAGGAGCCCUUUGAUGAGCUCAAUGCUGAAGGCCCCGAAGAGCCCCCGAUCCAAUGGCAUAGUGGUAUGAGCCAGAUGACUUCCCAGCUGCAGACCUAUGCGAACAGCAGCCAGGAAUUGGGCUUUAUCCCGAUUGGACCUUGUGACGAGCCGCUGUCGUGCAAUAUUUGCACGAAGGGCAUUUGCCUCUCUGUGCCGUUCCCCAAGGUGCUAGAUGACGCCGACGCCCCGUUCACUCCCGGCGACCAGGGGAAGAACGUCCUGGGCGCGCUCAGGCAAGGGCUGGACUCUCCUGCGCAACCUUGCUUUAGCGUGGACUGCACAGCCUGCAUCGGCCUCAAACCCAGCGAUCCGUUGAAGUUUAACAUGAAUGUGGCCGUGUCAGGCGCGUGCAACGGCAAGUACGCAUUCUUCAGCAGCUUUGUCAUAUCGAUCGGCUUGGAGAUUUGCAUCUCUGGUGGCCCGUUGGAGCGCGUCCUCAAGUUUCUCCGAAGGGACUCGGUUUGCAUCGCGUUCCCGAGCCUCGAGUACUACCCCUUCGUGGGCAAGAUGGGCGUCACAUGGUCUUGGCAUCCAAUUUGGCUGUUCAAAGCAGUGAAGUUCUCGCUUUCAGCUUAUUGGCCCGUGCAUGGCCUGGCACCUGCAGUGAAGCAUCACUGCUGGUGGAACCCUGUGAAGCAGUGGACUUGGGCGGAGAUUUCGUGGUCGCAACAGACCUUCUUCAACAAUGCGGUAUGGAUGUGGAAUCAGAUGCACGGGAGGGGCGGCCAUGAAUACGCCUGUGUAGAGUUCAAGUACAUGUACCCGGCGUGCCCCUGGGACAUCAACAAGGCGCGCAUGGCCUGCCGCGCCACCUUCUUGGAGGGCCGAAGGUCGGUCGUGGCCAGCGUGAGUACCCGUGCCAGGGACCUUUCGAUGGUGGAGCGCUGGAAGAAGGAGUGGCGCUGA